AUGACCUUUGGAGGCAGGAGAGUUCCCAGAGAACAUAUAGAAAAGACUGAUUUCAUCACACUGUCAUCUUGGUCUCUCGAGAGCAGCAAAUCAGUAGGAAAAUGUUCUUUUCUUUCCAGACCAGUGUCCAUGAGGGAAAUCAGAAAUGCAAUAUCCAUCACCAACUAUCCAGGGAGGAAUUCAUCCUUCCACAAGAAGAAAGCUCAUAAAGGUGAGUCUGAGAGCCUGGUAGUCAUCAUGGAAGCAGAAAAUGGUACACAAAUUUCAGAAUUUCUUCUUCUGGGACUUUCAGGACCCCUCCUAUUUGGGCUUUUUCUCUCCAUGUACCUGAUCACUACCCCCAUGUACUUCUUCCUCUCCAACCUGUCCUUUGCUGACAUCUGUUUCACCUCUACCACCGUACCAAAGAUGCUGGUGAACAUCCAGACACAGAGCAAGGUCAUCACCUAUGCAGGCUGCAUCACCCAGGUGUUCUUUUACAUAGUUUUUGCAGUGGUAGAUGACAUUCUCCUGACUGUGAUGGCCUAUGACAGGUAUGUGGCCAUCUGUCACCCUCUGCACUACAUGGUCAUCAUGAACCCCUGGCUCUGUGGAAAGCUGGUUCUGGCUUCAUGGACCAUGAGUGUCUUGUAUUCCUUGUUGCAUAGCUUAAUGACAUUGCGGCUGUCCUUCUGUACACAUGCGGAAAUCCCCCACUUUUUCUGUGAACUCAAUCAGGUGGUCCACCUUGCCUGCUCUGACCCCUUUCUUAAUGAUAUGGUGAUCUAUUUUGCAUCUGUGCUGCUGGGUGUUGGUCCCCUCACUGGGAUCCUUUACACUUACUGUAAGAUAGUUUCCUCCAUUCGUGCCAUCUCAUCAACUCAGGGGAAGCACAAAGCAUUUUCCACCUGUGCCUCUCACCUCUCAGUUGUCUCCUUAUUUUACUGUACAGGCAUGGGUGUGUACCUUAGUGCUGGUGCUGUCCACAGCUCACACUCAAGUGCAGCAGCCUCGGUGCUGUACACUGUGGUCACCCCCAUGCUGAACCCCUUCAUCUACAGUCUGAGGAAUAAAGACAUAAAGAGGGUGCUAAUGACCUUUGGAGGUAGGAGAGUUUACAGAGGACGUGUAAUAAAGAUCAAUUCAUCACAGUUUCAACUUGGUCUCUUGAGAACAGUGAAUCAACAGGGAAAUUUUCUUUUCUUCCCAUACCAGUGUCCACAAGGGAAAUCAGUUAUAAGAGGUUGUGGUUAUAAGGAAGAAAUGGACCUAAUGAGCAGAUACAGGGAGCUGUAA